AUGGGAAAUGUAUGUUAAGCGACACAAGUCAACAUAACUCCAGAAAUUAGUGAUGAAUCUGCAAGAUCUCAAAGAAUCAUGGAAACAAGUCAUAGAGCUAUUUUUAAGGAGAUUUAUAAAAAGGAGAAGGCCGAAAUUCCUGAGUUAUCAUAUUCAUCGCCACCACGUACUUAUCUUCCUCUUCUUAACUUGGAUUUAAUUGAACCAGAUCAAUUCUUCCCUUAAAUUAAAUCAAGUAGAAGAACUUUGAGUUUUGUUAAUGAAAAAACUUAAAGACAGAUAGUUAAGAGCCGAACUCCUUCACACAAACCUGGUCCAGAAGCUAUGUCAAUCACAAAAUAACCAAUCAAAUCUUCUCUCAAAUCGAUAAAUUCUAAGAUAAGCAGCUCUAAUAAAAGUUAAAAGUCAGUUAGAUGGGGUAGUGAUUUAAGUGUUUUCCUUAACUUAACUCACUAUCAAAAUUAAUAGAUAUGA